AUGUCCGACACUAGUAACACUGCUACAGACAACAACGGAGAUUCGGGGCUAAACGGGUCCUGGGUUGAGUUGGAGAUGAACAGAGGCACUACAGGGUCAAUCCAGUCCUCUUCCACAGUUAGCCCUUCCUCAGGGCUCUUGCCCCUUCCCCAGGUGGAAGAAGAGGAGGCUAUAGUGGGGGCACUGGAGCACGUCCCAUCGUCAUCCUCCAUCCACAAUGGCGAUAUGGAGAAGAUCUUGCUGGAUGCCCAGCACGAGUCGAGCCGUAGCAAUUCAUCCUGUGACAGCCCUCCCCGGCCCCAUACUCCACAAGAUGAAGGGCAGAUCAUCUUCGAUGUGGAUUUGAGCAGCAGAAGAGACAGUCAAACAGAAGAUGUCUUGGACAAAGAGAGGGACAUAGACAUCUUGAUGAAGGACGCUGAUUGGGUUGCUGACUGGUCUAGUCGACCGGAAAACAUUCCUCCUAAGGAGUUUCAUUUUUGUCACCCUCGACGCUCCGUGACGCUAAGCAUGAGGAAGACUGGUGCCAUGAAGAAAGGAGGCUUCUUCUCUGCGGAGUUCCUCAAAGUCUUCAUCCCAUCGCUGCUGAUUUCACACAUCCUCGCCCUUGGCCUUGGAGUGUACAUCGGGAAGAGGUUGACCACACCCCCCACCAGCUCCUUCUAA